AUGGAUACAGGUCACUACACAAGGGGUCAGGGGCCUAUCAACAGCCUGGAUGAACUAUGCAGAAAAACUAAAUUUUCAAAGAAAGAAAUUCAGCUGAUGUAUAGAAGUUUCAAGCAAGAAUGUCCGAAUGGGUUUGUUGAAGAAGACACAUUUCGCGGUAUAUUUUCUCAUUUCUUCCCAAACGGAAAUGUGGGUCUUUACGCCCAUUACGUCUUUCGAACUUUUGAUCAAAAUAAAAAUGGUGCCAUUUCUUUUAAGGAUUUCAUCCAGUGCCUGUCUUUGAUGUGCCGAGGAACCAUCCAAGAGAAACUUCAGUGGGCCUUUAAACUGUACGAUAUAAACGGUGACGGCCGAAUUACAAAAAAAGAACUCAUGGAUAUCGUUUGUUCUGUACAUGCACUAAUGGGACGUCGGUCGCACUCCAAUUUAGAGGAGAAAGCCUUACGCGAGCACGUCGACAAAACUUUUCAGAAAAUGGAUAUUAACAAAGAUGGAGUAGUUACAAUUGAUGAGUUCAUGGAAAUUUGUUCAAAAGAUGAAACUAUAGCUAAGUCUCUUACACUAUUUGAUACUGUAUUAUAAAAGAAGUCUUCUAGUCUGCAAGAUUAUCGCUCCAAAAUGCUAAAACUCAUUAUGGAACUGCCUACAAACUCCUAUGGAGGUCGCGG